AUGCUUAUACGAAGCGCUCGCGGCGCUGUCCUUGGCGCGAUCGGGUUGUCUUGUCUGGCGGUGCGACUGGUUCGCGCUCAGGCCGGUGAAGGCGGCAACUCCUCCUACUACGCCGACGACACCAACUCGUGGAUCAAGUUCGGCGGAUCAUGGAAGGAAGUCGUCAACGAUCAAUUCUACCAGUACACGUCGAUGCUCACGAGCGACAAGGGUGCGACGGCCACCUUCAAUUUCAUCGGUUAGUUUCCUAGAUGCGCCCUCUCGUGAGACCUUGGGCCGCUCUCAGCGCGCGUGUUGCGAUUCGGGCUCAUUUCCGGGUGCGCUGACACGAGACCCCUCUCCUGUCUAAAAUGGUCGCCCCUAUUCUGUUUCCUCGUCGUUUCCACGACAACAGGUGAAAGCUUCACAAUCUUUGGAAUUAGCGAUCAAGCCAGUUUCAGUGUGAAGGUCGAUGGUCAAGAUGCCGACCUCCCCUCCGUCUCAUCCGACCCCGACAAAACCUCGGCUCUCUUCUCGCAAACGCAACUGGGCCCCGACAAACAACACACCGUCAUCCUCGAGGUCACCUCGAGCGGCAACUUGAGUUUUGAUGCCGUCGUCAUCGGGUGAGUUGGCAGCUGUAUUGCAUCAAAGAAUUAUCGUACUAGUCCCGCUGAUGCUCUCUGGCUGUCCGACGACCUCACUACCACAGCGGGAGUUCGGCGUCGUCGAAAGCUGCGCUUUGCCCCCCCAAGGGGCACCAAGCUUGCACAGCUGUCAAUUUCCAAUCGAUCCCCAAGGCUCACCAGAGCAAGCCCAGUACCGACCGUGGAGGACUCCUCACCACACCUCUGCUCCAUGCCGGGAUCAAGCUCAAGUUGGGAAAGCCGGAUCCGGAUUCUUCGACCCCCAAAGGCAACUCGGGAGACAAGUCAGGAAACCCGUCGAGGCACCCGAAGGGGGCAGUCGGUAGGAAGCACAAAGUCGACAAUACCGACAAGCAAGAUGAGAAGAUGGGCAAGGAGGACGACGAUAAGGACGGAGGCAAGCACCAGCACCAGAAUCAAGGCAAGGGAACUCCCAAGGACCAGCCCACGAACGACUCUGCGGACAAGGAAGACGAUCCAGGAACCAAGAUAGGAAAGACGUCGGAGCACCACUCGAAGGAGGAUCCGGCCGGGGCGGACACCACCAAAAGUGAAAAGGCGGGAUUGGAGGACCACGAGCCCAAACCAUCAAAGCAAAACGAACCGGAUUCUCCCAAGACCAAGAACUCCGCACCGGACGACCCCAAAGAGCCAAAGGAGACCUCUGCCCCUCACAACCAGACCGGCGGCGCGGGCGGUGAUUCGGGCUUGCUGAAGGGUUUGCUCGGUGGGGCAGUCGGCGGCGGCGGGUCAAACGAGCACGAGAGCCACCAAGAAGGCGACCACCGCGAGGGUGAUUCAGGAGGCCAGACACACAAGAAACCAUCGCUCAUUCCUGCGAUCGUGAAACUGGUCGGCUCCGAUGAUGGUCACAAGCCAUCCAAGAGCAACGCCUCCGAGUCGUCGAACCCGACGGACGCGGGAACCCUUGGAAACUCAUCUGACCCUCACAAGCCAUCAUACUCGAACCACUCGAUAACACCUGUGGGAUUAUCGCGCCCUCUUGGUCACGGAACGGGUGAGGAGCACCACAGCAACUCCAACGACUCGGGUAUCGAGCAGCCGGAGCCGAAGACACUCGUCGACAUCAAGGGUGGCGUGAGCCUGCCUUUCUCGCGGACGAUAUUGGGCGUUCCUUCACGUAAACACUCCGAUGAACCCGAGAAGAAGCCACGCAUCGUCAUCAAAGGCGGCAAUCUCGUCCCGGACCGCGGCCUCAAUACCACGCACCAUGCCCCUAUUCCUGAACACGACCUCAAUCCCAAGUCGCCGCCUCCUUCCAAGCUCCCCGGUGACAAGCACCCCGACGACCCCGCCGCGGAUAAGCCGUCACCGACGCCUAAGAAGGUGAUCUCCAUCAAGGGCGGACCCACCGACACGGGCCUCCAGGCUGGUAUCGACCUGCCCAAAACCGUUCUGCCCGGGUCGCCCUCGACCAAGUUGCCGGACGGUGAAGACGUCCUGGGAAAGAAGAACGUCACCGGCUCCUCCAAAGAUCCCGGUGGCAAGGACGACGAUAAAGAUCCCCCGAUCGUGCCUGUGGUCAUCAAGUUCUCCGACUCCCACGAUGACCCGGGUUCUGCGGCCACGGACGUCACGGUUUCGCAAGAGCCCGUUCCUAAAUCGUCUCCAGGUGAUUCGUCGGCCUCGUCGAACAAGACCUCGGGCGGCACCGACGGAAACCCCACGACGAUGAUUCCCGACCCGACGAAGGCCACCGAUCCGAAGGCCACCGAUCCGAAGGCCACCGAUCCGAAGGCCACCGAUCCGAAGGCCACCGAUCCGAAGGCCACCGAUCCGAAGGCCACCGAUCCAAAGGACGCUCCGGAUCCUCAGAUGCCAAUCAAGGGUGAACAUCUCGGUAACCACUCUUCCAUUGUCGUACUUGAGGGCCCCACGAGUACCGGCAAGGGCCUCGAAAACGAUCCCGGAUUGGAAAGCAACUCGUCGUCAGGAGCGUCGAACACACCCAAGGACACCGAUCCAAAGGACACGGACCCAAAGGACACCGAUCCAAAGGCCACCGAUCCGAAGGCCACCGAUCCAAAGGACGCUCCGGAUCCUCAGAUGCCAAUCAAGGGUGAACAUCUCGGUAACCACUCUUCCAUUGUCGUACUUGAGGGCCCCACGAGUACCGGCAAGGGCCUCGAAAACGAUCCCGGAUUGGAAAGCAACUCGUCGUCAGGAGCGUCGAACACACCCAAGGACACCGAUCCAAAGGACACGGACCCAAAGGACACCGAUCCGAAGGCCACCGAUCCAAAGGACGCUCCGGAUCCUCAGAUGCCAAUCAAGGGUGAACAUCUCGGUAACCACUCUUCCAUUGUCGUACUUGAGGGCCCCACGAGUACCGGCAAGGGCCUCGAAAACGAUCCCGGAUUGGAAAGCAACUCGUCGUCAGGAGCGUCGAACACACCCAAGGACACCGAUCCAAAGGUCACCGAUCCGAAGGACGCCGAUCCGAAGGACGCCGAUCCGAAGGCCACCGAUCCAAAGGACGCUCCGGAUCCUCAGAUGCCAAUCAAGGGUGAACAGCUCGGUAACCACUCUUCCAUUGUCGUACUUGAGGGCUCCACGAGUACCGGCAAAGGCCUCGAAAAAGAUCCCGGAUUGGAAGGCAACUCGUCGUCAGGAGCGUCGAACACACCCAAGGACACGGAUCCAAAGGACGCUCUGGAUCCUCUAAUUCCAGUCAAGGGUGAGCAUCUCGGUAACCACUCUUCCAUUGUCGUACUCGAGGGACCUACCAGUACCGGCAAGGGCCUCGAAAAAGAUCCCGGAUUGGAAGGCAACUCGUCGUCAGGAGCGUCGAACAUAACCGUCGGCGGGACGACUUUUUCUCGACUCGCAAGCAAGUCAGACAAGGAUGCUCCGACAAAGGUACCCGACUCCAAAGUUCCAGUCGUGGGCAAGGAUUUACCAACGGCGGUCAACAAGCCAAACACCACUACAAACACCCCGCUUCUCUUCGGUGGCGGAAAACCGCUCUUCGAUCACCAGCCCGACGCAAAGUCCCCUGAGAAGACGGGCCAGCAGGGUGACAAGUCGGCCAAUUCAUCCGUCGUGUCAAAGAGCGGUAUGAACUCGUCGAAUAUCGUGUCAACCAGCGGUAAGAACUCGUCGACGGUCCUGGUCGGGGCCGCGGGCCAUCGCGCCGGUACCAAGAAGCCCACACCUUCAACGGAACCAUCUCCAGCUCCGGUCAACCAGCCAUCGCCAACUACGACUCCGAUUUCAGAAGGGGAGCCCGGCAAUUCUGGUGCUUCGAACCCCUGGUCUGGCGCUGUUCAGCAGGUGAAGAACAACGGGGGCAAUGGUGGUGAUGGUGGUGGUGGAGGAGGAGGAGAUGGAAGAGGAGGAGGAGGAGGAAGCAGUGUUGAUCCAAAGCCCGACACUGAAACUGCCUCGACGCCGAGGUAAACCUGGUUGAGACGUUCUCCGACUAAUAGGCGGGCAUUGCCAAUACUGACCCCUAUUUCUCGCAUUUGCCCGCGCAGUGGUGGUGACAACAAGAUCGACGCGCACCCUGUCGAAACGAUCCAGAAAGGCUCCUGGCUACAUCCGACCAAACCUCCGUCUUCCUCGCCGCCGCCCAAGUCGCACUCCAAGUCAUCGGAAACGGGUUCCCUCGAGCACAAAUUUGUACCGCCUGAAACGACGACGACGACGAGCAUCAACCACCCCGGUGCGAUUGCCGGAGGGUUGUGCGGCGCGAUGGCCGGAGCGGGGAUCUUAUUCGCUCUGUUGCGCUACCAUUCCAAUCGACUGCACCAAAAAAGUAUCCUCGACGAGGCGAAUCGCAAUGCUAGGAGCCCUACUCCGCGACCAAGUCGUCCUUCGCCGUCCACGUUCAUGGCUCCUUCCGACAUCACGGUACAGAUCGCCUCGACCCACCCUUACGCCAGGACACCUACCCCGCCGCCCAACCGUCCCCACCCUCAGGUGCUGAAUAUUAAGCCGAACGUGGGUCAACCGCGACCCCUUCCUCCUACGAUGACGGCGGAGGAGAUGUGCGAGAUCGAUCGGGUGAUUGGUCGGGUGACCGGUCACGUCGCACAGGGGUCGAAUGCCUCGCAAGCGACGAUGAAAUCGACUCGCGAAAUCCCCAGGCCCGCGUCGGACUUCAAGGCCCCUCGAACCCCCCCUGCCCCACCCGUCGACACGAUGCCCACGACCUUCCCGACCGAUAUCGACGUCGCUGAGGAAGCAGCGCACGAAGAAGCCGCCGCUGCGCUCGCAGCGAGUCACAUCAUCCGCUUCGACGAGACGGCCGAAGUCGCCGCUCCUCGCGCGUCGCUACCCCCUGUCCUCCCGCAUAUCCGCCCUCUCUCUCCGGACGACGUGACUCUCGACAUUGCCUUCCAGUCCACUCACACGGAUACGCAUCCCGAUUCGGCCAUUGACGUCCCCACCGACGCUUCUAGGGACGACCCGGACGACACCCCGAGAGACGAGGUCGAGCGCACGGUCGUCGUCGAGAUCCCGAUCGAUUCACCUUUGAUCACGCGUAGUCAGGACGCAACGGGUUGGCACAAGCGGGAACUGUACCCCAAGUACGAACCCAGCCGAGGGGACCCGAGGUUGUGGGCUUCUGCCUCCAAGGAGUAG